AUGUUCAUUCAAACUGCUCUAAAACAAUGCCCAAUUCUCUUCUUUGUCGAUCGCUCAUCGUACUCUGACAGCCCUCUUUUUGUCCAAAUGGAUCCGUCUACAAUGAUGGAGAAUGUAUUCAUGUUGAUAGCACAAAGGCAAGCUACCCUUCGGCGAAAGAAUCGCUUUGAUAAUACGUUCGUUUCGAAACGUGCACAAGCAAAUGGAGUCAAUGAUCAAGCAUACAUUGGAGUGGUCCAGGCAUCAAAUGGAAACUGGACGUAUGAUGAUGGAACUUCACUGCAAUAUAAGAAUUGGAAAUCGGGCCAUCCUCAGUCAAAUUCGAGUUGUGCCGUGUUGGAUAUAAAGGACGAUCAAUGGUUAUCGGUGAACUGCAACGAAGAUCGGCACUUUGUCUGCUCGACCCCAAACAGGAGAUCGUGUCCCACGAGAAACUGGUACUUUGCAGACGGGAUCGGUUGUGUGGAGUUUGUACUCUCCAAAAGGGGAUGGGAAAACGCUAGCAGCUAUUGUCAUGAGUCAGAUUCGUGGAUGAUUCCCAUCUCAAACGAGGCAACACAAAGCUAUAUCAAUUUUAAUAGUCAGGGGUUAAGAAAUUGGAUCGGUCUAUUUCGAGUCGAUAAUAAUUGGUUCUGGGACUCCAACAAUUCACCAACUCUAUUGACAAAUUCUUCUUAUCAAAACUGGAUGGGUGGAGUGAUGCCGCCUGUUGAUCCGGUGAACAAUUGUGCAAUCAUGAAUGAAGACGGCUACUGGGUGGCUGUGGAUUGCAAUGAUCCAUAUAUCCUUGUUUGUCAACAAGACAGUCAACCAUCAUCA